AUGGCUUCAAGCGACAAUCACGACUUUGAGACGGUCGAAAUCCACCCGGAACAUUUGUUGCCGUUUGACUCCCUCCCCGACAAGAAACGAGUGUGGCCCGGCGAACCGGGUUCGAGGGAAGAAGGGCUGGGCCGUCUGGUCCUGUUGACCCCCGAGGUCGUGGCCUCGGCGGCCUCGACGUGCGUCCGAACCGGCCGGCGGGUGAGUUUGGGGUGGGAAUUGACAAAGUUGGAAAUCGCAAACUUUGGCCGAUCGCCUUGUCGACACGAGAUUGUCGAACUGUUGGACGGUGUCGCCUUUGACGACAUUUAUACGUUUAAUCCACAGCAAAGCAGUCAAUGGGACGGACUGAGACAUUUUUCACAACCGCUGCGACGAAACUUGGACGACGAGGUGGGCAAGACUGGCGCCGGGACGGGUUCGGAGGAAAGAUUGUUCUAUGGAGGUGUAACGAAAUCCGAAAUCAAAGACCCUUGGUGUCGACGGAUCGGGAUCCACGAAUGGGCCAAACAAGGGAUAUGUGGCCGCGGUGUAUUGUUGGAUUUUGUGAGGUAUGCCGACCGGAAAGGUUUGGAGUAUUCGACUUUCGGUGAUUUUGCGAUUUCCCUUUCGGUGUUGUUGGAGAUUGCGACCGAACAAAGGGUCGAAUUCAAAAGAGGUGACAUUUUGUUUGUACGUAUCGGUGUCACGAGAGAAUGGGACACGAGAAUGACCGCCACCCAAAAGCAAGAGUAUGCAGAAUCCCAGAAUCCUCGACAUUCCGGCGUCCAAGGUACGGAAGAGAUGUUGAGAUGGUUAUGGGACACGGGGUUUUCGGCCGUGGCGAGUGACGCGAUUUCUUUUGAAGUUUAUCCACCAAAGGAGAGUUAUGAAAGAAGGAGAAGAAGAAGAAGACGACCUAAAGAUACUGCUGGUGGUGGUGGGGGUGGUGGUGAAGAAGAAGAAGAUGGUGAUGAUGAAAGUCAAGUCGAAAAAAUACCUGGAAUAUUUCUACAUGAAUAUUUAUUGUCAGGUUGGGGUAUGCCAAUUGGUGAAUUGUUUGAUCUUGAAGACUUGAGCAAAUUGUGUUCCUCACACAAUAGGUGGGAAUUUUUCGUUUCGAGUUCACCGUUCAACAUGCCGGGAGGGGUUUCGAGUCCACCAAAUUGUAUCGCCAUCUUUUAAGUCGAGCAAAGAGGAAAGAAAAACAGGGAAGGGAGAGAGAGAGACAAAAAGGUUGGCGAGAUGGGUAUGAAAACACCCACCCCGAAUGAGAGACAAG